GAUUUUCCAAGCGCCGGUGGAGACUCAGUUCUGGGCUGAAGUGCCGCCCAUCUCCCUGCCACUGUGAACCUGGAAGAGCACCGCCGCCUUGUGACUAGCAUCCAACAUGACAGGGGUUUGUGGUUGUUGCGGGGCACUCAGGCCUCGGUACAAGAGACUGGUAGACAACAUCUUCCCAGAAGACCCAGAGGAUGGGCUGGUGAAAGCCAACAUGGAGAAGCUGACAUUCUACGCCCUGUCAGCUCCAGAGAAGCUCGACCGCAUCGGCGCUUACCUGUCUGAGAGAUUGUCAAGGGAUGUGGCCCGACACAGAUACGGGUAUGUGUGCAUAGCCAUGGAAGCCCUGGACCAGCUGCUGAUGGCCUGCCACUGUCAGAGCAUCAACCUGUUUGUGGAGAGCUUUCUUAAGAUGGUGCGCAAGCUGCUAGAGUCAGACAAACCCAACCUACAGAUACUAGGAACCAACUCGUUUGUGAAAUUUGCCAACAUAGAAGAGGAUACGCCAUCGUACCACCGCAGUUACGACUUCUUUGUGUCACGCUUCAGUGAGAUGUGCCAUUCUAGCUAUGAGGACCCUGACAUCCGCACCAAGAUCCGCAUGGCAGGUAUCAAGGGGCUGCAGGGUGUGGUGAGGAAGACUGUGAAUGAUGAGCUACAGGCCAACAUCUGGGACCCUCAGCACAUGGACAAGAUCGUCCCCUCUCUGCUUUUCAACCUGCAGAGUGGAGAGCGUACAGAGAGUCGCUCCCCCUCGCCGCUGCAGGCGUCAGAGAAGGAGAAGGAAAGCCCGGUGGAGCUGACGGAGCGCUGCUUCAGGGAGCUGCUGGGACGAGCCGCCUAUGGCAACAUCAAGAAUGCCAUCACACCCGUGCUGAUGCACUUAGAUAACCACUCUUUAUGGGAGGGGAAGACCUUUGCUGUGCGUUGCUUCAAAAUCAUCAUGUACUCCAUCCAGUCCCAGCACUCUCACUUGGUAAUCCAACAGCUUCUCGGUCACCUGGAUGCCAACAGCAAGAACUCGGCCACAGUGCGAGCCGGGAUAGUGGAAGUUUUGCUGGAGGCAGCCGCCAUCGCAGCCAGCGGCUCUGUAGGCCCUACAGUCUUGGAGGUCUUUAACACCCUGCUGCGGCAGCUUCGUCUGAGUGUGGACUAUGAGUUGACCGGCUCCUACGACGGCAGCACCAACAUCGGCACCAAGAUCAUCAAAGCUCAUGAGGAGAGGCAGCUGCAGGAGGCUGUCAUCAGGACCAUCGGUUCAUUUGCCAAUACUCUACCAACAUACCAGAGGUCAGAGGUCAUGCUCUUCAUUAUGGGCAAAAUUCCUGUCCCCGGGGUUCACCUAGCUCUGCCGUCCAAAGGCUCUGGGCCCGAGGGUACCAGGAUGAUUCAGGUUAUGUUACUGAAGUCCUUGGUCCAGGUGACAGCAGGUUUCCAGACCACCAACAUGCUGACAGCCCUGCCCAGUUCUUUCCUGGAGCCGUUGCUGUCCUUCUCUUUAACCGAGGAUCCGGAGGUUCGACUGCUGGUGCUCCAAAUCCUUCUCAGUCUCAUCGACCGCCACGACAACAGGCCCAAGUUCUCCAACAUUAGCAUCAUCUCGGACAUCUCUGUGCUCAAGCUCAAGGUUGACAAGUGUUCCAGACAGGACAACUUAUUCAUGAAAAAGCACGGCCAGCAGCUGUACCGACACAUCUACUUGGGCUGUAAGGAGCAGAGCAGUGGUCGGCAGCACUACGAGACCCUUUUCGCUCUGUUGGGCCUUCUCAGUGUGGAGCUGGCAAACGAAGAGGUGGUGGUGGAUCUCAUUCGCCUGGCACUCGCAUUGCAGGACCUGGCUCUGUCCACCGACGAGGCUCUGCCUGUUUAUAACCGCUGUGCUGUUCAUGCCCUCGCCGCUGCCUACCUCAAUCUCAUCUGCCAGCUCACCACCGUCCCAGCCUUCUGCCAGCACAUACACGAGGUAAUUGAGGUCAGACAGAAAGAAAGCCCCUACCUUUUGCCUGAGGAUGUCUUCAUUGAUAGCCCCAGGCUGCCUUCCGCACUGGAGAAGGUGGAAGGGGACGUUUUAUUCCUCCAGUCGAAGAUCACUGAGGUCCUCGGAGGUAGUGGUUACAACACAGAGAGACUGGCUACGCCUUACGUCCCACAGUAUACAGAUGAGGACCGUCUGUCCAAGAGAAAAAGCAUUGGUGAGACCAUCUCACUCCAGGUGGAGGUGGAGUCCCGAAACAGUCCAGAGAAAGAAGAGAGGACACCAGCAGAGGAGAUCACUUUUGAAACCCUGAAAAAUGCCAUAGUGGACAGUGUGGGUAUGGAGGAGCAGGAGAGGGAGCGAAGGAGACAAGUGGUGGAGAAGUUUCAGAAGGCCCCCUUUGAGGAGAUAGCUGCCCACUGUGGUGCCAGGGCCACUCAACUGCAGAGCAAACUAAAUCAGAUCUUUGAGAUUACAAUCAGACCCCCACCAAGCCCAUCUGGAACCAUUUCGUCAGGUUACGGCCAAACCCAGAGUCGAUCUGUACCCAUCUACGAGAUGAAGUUCCCAGACCUAUGUGUGUACUAAACCAGAGAGUAAGCAGCGACGUUGCAGAACUGUUGAACACAAAAGGCAUUUGGGAGAUGCAAACCGAUCCUCACUGUAAAGGCAUGUUGACCACGGAAUCAAACAACACCAGCGGAUGUGGGGGAGCAACCACAGUUGUUUGAAGCAAACUAAAAGAACAAGCCACUUCUUGAUUAACUUAGCUGUCUGAAAUGACUUUAUUUUUUUGCCCUUAGUUUGCAGCUAAAGCAAGCUGGCUAAUGUCAAUAAAUGCAUCAGUAAAAAAAAAUAAUUUUUAUUGAACAUAUUCACUUCAGUUCUCCUCAGAUGUCUCUUUAAAAACUCCACUGGUUGGAUUUUUAAGUUAGACAUUGCCGAGAACUGUGGUGAAAAAAAAUUAGUUACAGACUGAAAGUUAUUUUAUUGUUUUAGAAUGAAUUGACCUGUUGCAUGCCCUGUAACUGGAGAUUUAUGAUAGCACUUUUAAUUCUUGACACUCUUUUGUUCUUUAAAGGUUGCCAUACUACCCCUGAUAACAAAAUUAGAUUCACCAAUCAUGGUUAUUUUCUAAUGUCAUCUUAUGUUUUCUUUGUUUGGCCAGGAAGAGUGUAUGUGAAUUAGAUGCAUUUUAAUUUACCUAACAGUGUAUUGUUGUGUAUGUUUGACUGAAAUGUGGAUAGAUAUAUAUAAAUAUGAAACUAGUCCUUUCCAUCUCCCAUGUUACUCAGCUCACGAACAUCUGUCUUCAGUGUUUCAUGCUUCACUGCUUUUAAUUUUGCCUUUUUAGUGUUAGCCAAAAGUGCUUUUUGUCUCUCAUGACGGGCAUUUAUUUCCCUGCACCUACUCUUUAUUGUACUUAUUGUUAUUAUUAUUGUUGUUGUUGUUAUUAUUUAUUUUAUUUUUUUUAGCUGGGGUAUAAACGAAAGAUAACUUCUGAUUUGCGUGUAAUCCUCCAAAGUGAGUGUGCCUUAAAGGUGACUCAAGUUAAAACAUACACAAAAACACACAAUGCGCCACAGUCAUGACCACACUAAACGCCCGAAGAUCUAAAGUGUUUACCAGACCAAACACUAGAAAAAUAACAAAGGAUCCUUUAUUUUUUUCCUUCCCAUAUAAAUGUGUAUAUACAGAGAAAUAUAUAAAUCUUUAUCCUGAUGUACAGAGUAGGGAUGUUGUUGUGUAUGUAUAUAUACUGUAUAUUAAUUCUAAUUUUAGACUGCCACUGCACUGAUUGUGUCCAUAAAUGAGGUAGAAAGCUACUUAGUUAGUAUUAAGAUACUUUUUUAUUAAAAUCUGAAAUAAGUAACCAGCACCACAUGAAAUUGAAAUGUGUAUCGACGAGGGUCUGAACAGCCCACAGUAGAAAUCUGCAUCAUCCGGAAGCCAGAUCACACUGAUGGAGUAUUAAUGAGCCCAUCUGAUAAAGUCUCACGAGGAAAACAGGUCUAAAAGUUACUUUCCACUUCAUAACUAGCCACAGGUUUUUAGGCAGGGUUCAGCAUCAUCAUCAUCAUGAUCUGUAUUGUUGCCAUUACAUCCCGAGUCCAGCUGGAAUGAGUUUGCACUCUGUUUUUAUGCCCUACUGCUGCUGUGAAAGCCUCAAAGCAGUGCACCUUUUCCAGACACCAAGAUUUAAGUAUAUCUAAAAGCCAUUUUGUGUGUUCACAAACACACACUCACAGGUAUAAAAACAAGGUAUAAUGGCAAUAAUUUGGCACUGGCCUGGCUAACAUGGUCCAACUGUUGAUAGCAGAUCCUUUUUGUGCAAUUUAACUCGUACCUUCUGUGGUGGUGGUGGUGGUGGUGCUGUAAUGGUUAAGUUUUGUGAUGUUUAAAGGGACCGCCCCUCCUGCUCCUGCGCUUAACUGCAUCGGGCGUGGCAUGUGUUGCAACCAUUGCCUGGUCUGUUCCUGAUUGUCAUUUGUUACAGUCCAGUUGGCUCUGUUUGUUUUACAAUUUUUUUAAAUUUUUUUUUUUUUUUAAUACAACGUAGUGUCCCCUGUAUGUAUAUUUAUGUCCACAGAUGCCAGUGUAUCAGAUUGUCUGUUCACGUUUACCCUUUUGUCAGUGCGUGUGUGUUUGUGCAUGAGUGAGCGUAAAUGUCCAUGUCUCCCUUUGAACGUUCAUGCAGAUGUGUGUCUUUAUCGUCAUUGCCCAAGACCAAACUCUUCAGACACAGUUUACAGUUUUUGUCCAGUGACUCGUUCCACCACAUUAUUGAAGAACAAGCUAAGACCAAUGUGCAGCUGUCUAAACCUUCCAGUGACACCUUGUAAAACUGUCUUUUCGCCAUAUUUCAACUUCGCAGUGAAGACCUGUAAAUCUAUCAGUCUGCUUGUUGUCAUUGAAUAGUGUAAUAUUAACUGACGGUAAUCCAAUCUUAUUUUUGUCAUUACAUGUCUGGUUAAUAGAUCUGUUUACAAUGUAGUGCCGUAGGUCAAAUCUAUUCAUUCUGUGAACUUUGCACUUUAAAAACUGGAUUACCUAGUGACAAAGGCAGCUUUUUACGCGGAGAAAAUGCCUUAUGAGUGUCAUACCUGACCUUGCAUGCUAGUAAUGUUGCUGUGUUGUACAAUAAAUUUGUCUGUAACCAUAAAA